AUGGCCGAAUGCAAGGAAUUAGCCCGGGAGGCUAAAAAGCAGCGUCCAUUUCGACAGUCUAUCCCGGCACAUAUGUACCAGUCACUCCCAACUCCUGAAAUCAUCGAGGAACUGAUUAGCCUGUAUUUUUCAACUUUCGAGUCUUGUUACAGGAUCUUACAUUUUUCCUCGUUCAAAAAGGAAUAUGACAACCAUGUCGAGCAGCCACAGAACACCAAAACUUCUUUCCUUGUGACUCUUCUGCUUCUCAUGUCGAUUUCUGGCACAAUGCACCAUAAUGCUCAAAUUCGCAAGGAUAUAUCUGAGAAGGUGCAAUCUUGGAUCAAUGUUUCUCAAACAUGGCUUUCAGCCCCAUUCGAGAAGGACAGGCUGACAUUGAAAGGAAUUCAAAUUCACUGUCUCUUGCUUCUUGCUCGUCAGGUAAACCGAGUCGGAUCAGAUUUGGUUUGGAUCUCGGUAGGAACUCUCAUGCGGAUGGCAAUGCAAAUGGGGCUACACCAAGAUCCGAGCUCGCUGCGAGAGAUGGAUAUACAACAGAGGGAAGUCCGAAGGAGACUAUGGUAUACGAUUCUGGAGAUGAAUGUGCAGUCGGCUUUGGACUCUGGUAUGGCGCCUAUGGUUACAGAGGACGACUACACCACUCAACCGCCAUUGGACUUGAGUGAUGAAGACCUUGACAAUUCAACAAAUUCAGGAGAAGACGAAAAUCCAUCCCCGGGACGAAGUGCUACUUUUUUUCAAUAUCUUCUGGCAAAAUCGAUUGGGUUCAGGUUAACCGUCGUGCGUGUCGUCAACAGUCUGAACGUGGAGCCUUCUUAUGAUGAAGUACUCUCCAUUGACCAGAAGCUUGGAGUAGCAUGCCACGAGGUCGCUAGUGCGCUGAACGAGACUGUCUCUCUGCGAAGCCAGGAUCCCUUAAAUCACUUUGCACAUAGCUUUUGCAGCCACCUGAUUCGCCGCUUUCUCCUGUGCCUUCAUUUCCCCUAUGCAUCCAAAGCCAAAAAUUCCCCGAUAUACACUCAUUCCCAACAGGCGUGCCUCGAAGUUUCUCUAGAACUUGUCUCUCUGCUUGAGGACAAGAUUUACUCUCGAGUGCUUAUCAAUGGAGGUGGUAUGUUUCGAGAUAUCAUUACAAGAGGGGCUCUGGCGAUAUAUGUCGAGUUGACCUCCAGCCUGGAAUCUGGCAUUUCUCAUUUUGCUAGAGAAAGGAACCGGUCCCGUCAAUUCCAAUUGAUGGAGGAUGCUCAGAAGUUGGUUCAAUAUGCAGAAAGCAGGAUGCGCCACGGAGAAACAAAUGUCAAAGGCUACGUGUUUCUCAAUAUGGCAACCGCGCGGGUCCAGGCUUUAUUUGAAGAUAUCUCCCCCGAGGAGGCUAUACGCAAAGCUGCCCGUGACAGCCUAAACACAUGCCAUGGAAUUCUUAGUGGUAUGGUUGUUGAGAACGCCGAAAACUCGUUACGUGCCGAUUUUCAAUCACAUUCAGUAGAUGGGAUCUUUUCUCCUCAGGUCACGUCCGAUUCUGCAUUCAAUUUUCUCGAAGAUCCAAAUUUGAACAUUCACUGUUCAGACUGGGACCUUUUUAAUUCAAUGAGCGGUGAAAGCUGGUUCGAAUCUUGA